AUGAUUACCCAGUCCUCUCCAACUGAGCUCUCAUACGUCGGCACCACUGUGGUCCUCUUCGCAGUUUUGCUUUGGUGGAUAAUAUCGACGUUGAGCUCUCCAUUGCGACCUUAUCCCGGCUCUCUUUUCGCUAAGUGGACGAACCUUUGGCGUUUAUAUCAAGUCCGGACUCAGAAAUACCAAUGGACCAUUCAAGACCUUCACAAGAAAUACGGUCCCAUUAUUAGAAUCGGUCCGAACUUACUAGAUCUGGACUAUCCCGAACUGAUCAAGAUUAUAUAUGGCACAGACCAUAGAUGGCUCAAGUUCUAUCUCAAUAACAGUAGUAUAGUGGAUGGCAAGAUCAAGCAUAAUCUGUUCAGUACAACGAGCCCAGCAGAACACGCACAGAUGAAGAAGCCAAUGGCUAAGUAUUAUUCAUCAAGCAAUGUUCUGACCAUGGAGGUAAAGAUGAACCAAGUAAUCGAGGAGCUCUGCAAACAAAUCGACAACCGCCAGCCCUUCGGGUACAUGAAAAAGGGUCACGACUUUGACGGGACCAUCAUAGCAUCUGCACUAUCAGUAGACUACUUCGCUCAAAUCGGCCAAAUGCCCUUCCUGGACUGGCUUCUCAACAAGAAUCCCAUGGUGCGCAUUGGUCCUCCGGAUAUAAGCCAUGUUACUCACUUCUCGAUCGCCCAACUUCAGCGCCGGCUUGAGCAACAGGAGAAGCACAAGUCAUCAGACGAGCCAGACUUUCUAGACCACUUCAUUGGUGGAAUGAAGAGCAAUCCAGAUUCUGUUAAUGCAAAGCUCGUGCUGAACUUCCUAUUGGCUAACGUCCUUGCUGGAGCAGACACCACUGCGAUUGCACUUCGUGCUAUCUUUGACUUUUUGUUGCAAAACCAACAUGCCAUGACCAAGCUCAAGAGCGAAAUCCUCACGCUGAGCUUCAAUGAUGCUGAGGCUGUGCCAUACAGUAGAGCUCGAUCGCUGCCUUAUCUUGACGCUGUCAUCCGGGAAUCGCUGAGAAUGCACCCCUCUGUCGCUAUGCCUCUUGAACGCUACGUUCCAAAUACUGGACUGACGUUACCAGACGGUAGCUUCAUACCUCCUGGAGUUGCCGUAGGCUUGAACCCAUACAUCAUCGGUCGCAAUGAAGUGGUCUGGGGUGAAGACACUCAUCGAUUUCGUCCUGAUCGAUGGCUCAAGACAGAAGACGAAAGUGAAGGGGAAUACCAGCGGCGUUUGAGGAAGAUGAAUGGAGCCGAUCUAACUUUUGGCGGAGGCUGUAGCUACAUUGGUGUCACGGUAUGA